AUGCAAGAAACUUUUGAUUAAUUGGAAAUUGAAAUAGAGAACUUUUUAAAUCAAUUCUCUGAUUCAUUUGUAGAUGAAUUAAUUUAAAAUUAAAAUAUACAAUAAAUCUCUUAAUUGGAUAAUCCUUAGAUUUUAAAUUAAUCAGAAUCUCAACUUGAAAAGGAAUAUAUAGAUGUAGUUAGAAUUUUAAAUUUUGAAGAAGUUAAAGUAUUUAUAGAUGAAUUAAUUUGUCCAAUAUGCUCUCAUAUAUUGAUUGAUCCAAGAAUAUGUUUAGAUUGUAGUUAAGGAUUUUGUAAAUAAUGUCUUUCAUAAUGGUAUCUUAAUUAUUUAAAAUAUUAAUUAGGUUUAAUCAAUAUCAUUCAAAAACAUGCCCUUGUUGUAGAUCAAUUUCAAAUUAACCAAAUGAUGGAAGUUAAGCUCCAAAAUUAUUAUUUAAAUUGUUGAGCAAAUUGAAAAUAAGUUGCAAAUAUUAUGUAUUUAUCAUCCAAUAUAUAAUAAUAGAAUAAUGGGUGUACAGAGAGUAUUUGUUAUGAUAAUAAAGAAAAACAUUAUGAUAAUGAAUGUGAAUAUAGAUUAAUUAUUUGUUAAUAUUGUCUUGGUAAAAUAAUUAAAAUUAAUAGUAAAACUCAUGUAAAUUAUAUUAAUUAAUAUUAUAGUUUCAAGAAUGUGAAUUUAAGCCUAUUUAAUGUACAUGGUGUUCAUAAACAUUUUCUUAUUAUGAUUACUAAACACAUUAUGGGUAUUGCUCCUUCAGAACAUUCAAAUGUACAUAGUGUUUGUUGGAAUAUCCAUUCUCUUAAAUCAAUAAUCAUACUCCAGAUUAUUGUUCAAAAAAAUAAAUAAAAAAAUUUAAGAAUUAGUAUUAAUAGAGUAAAUCAGAAAUUUAAAAGACAAAAUAAUAGUUAUUAGAAUAAAUGUAAAAGAUCAAAUAGUUAGAAAGAUUUAUUAAAAAAUAGAAAUUAUAAAAAUAAGAAAAUCAAUAUGAAAUAUCAAAUAAUGAAUAAAUAAAUAAUUCUGUAGAGAUUAAUUAAUUUUAUGAAGAUUUUUAAUUACAUAUAGAUCCAUAUGAAUAAUAACAAUAACAAUUUGAUUGGCAAAGAAUUAAUAUUUAAGAAUAAUAUUAGGAUACUUAAGAAAAGAGUGUUUGUUCAGAAAACUAUUUAGAAUAUCCUAUUCAAGAUGUUAGUUUUACUUUUUCAGAUAUAGGAGGAACAUAACAUACUUAAAAUUCCAUUUAAGAAGAAGGGUAUGAUAAAUGA